AGUGACUUGCACUGCACAUCUUUACCACUAAAUGUCACUGGUGGGUUAGGUGUAGAUUCACCUACAAAGGGAUUGACAGAAGAAAACAAACAAUUAAAAAAGCCUGAAGCCUUCAUAGUCCCUGUAGUGCAUAUAAACCCACCAAGGUGGGGGUAAAUUCAGUUUAACUGGAUCUUUGAGCAAACUGGUGGUGCUGAACUUCUGCGAGUGAGGAGAGGGGAGAGUCUAAAGUCUCCGUUCCAGCAGCCUCCCUCCUCCUCUGCCAGCACACAUCUGCAGCCGAGGAGAUGGGACUCUAAUCCAGAGGGGAGCUCUUCAUGACUUGGAGACCAGACCUCAUGGCCCGCCACGUCCAAACAAUCUGAAAGAGUUAUUCUGAAUAAAACUGCAGCUGGAGAACUUGUGGAUUCACAGGCUGAGAGCUGCCUCAAACCUGGUGUGAUGUCCCAGUGCCGGUGCAGGCAGGUCCUGCUCCGGGCAGAAGUGAGCGUGCUGGUGGUGGUUCUGGUGGCUGGCGGCGCUGCACAGCUCUCUGAGCGAGGGGAGUCUGGAUCUUCCUGCUACGGGGGAUUUGACCUGUACUUCGUGUUGGACAAAUCUGGCAGCGUGCAGCAUUACUGGAAUGAAAUCUAUUACUUUGUUGAUCAUCUGGCCCACAAAUUCAUUAGUCCUCAGCUGCGGAUGUCUUUUAUAGUUUUUUCAACAGAAGCAAGGAUUCUCAUGCCUCUAACAGAAGACAGAGAUCAGAUCGGAGCCGGCCUGGAGGAGCUGCGCAUGGUGCAGCCAGGUGGAGACACUUUCAUGGACCGAGGAUUUCAAAAGGCCAGCGAACAAAUCUACUACAGGAGUGGAGACGGCUACCGGACAGCCAGUGUGAUCAUCGCCCUGACAGACGGGGAGCUGAGGGAAAACCAGUUUGACCUGGCGCAGAGAGAGGCCAGCAGAGCCCGGCAGCUGGGUGCCACUGUGUACUGUGUAGGAGUGAAAGACUUCAACGAAACACAACUUUCAACCAUCGCUGACAGUAAAGACCACGUCUUCCCCGUGAACGAUGGCUUUCAAGCACUGCAAGGAGUCAUUGACUCGAUCUUGAAAAGAUCCUGCAUUGAGAUCCUGGCGGUGGAACCAUCCAGUAUCUGUGAAGGAGAAACCUUCCAGGUGGUUGUCAAGGGAAACGGUUUUCUUCACGCCAGAGAUGUGCAGAAGGUUCUCUGCAGCUUCCGCAUCAAUGACUCUGUUACUUUGAUGAAGAGGCCUCUGGUAGUUGAAGACACUUAUCUUCUUUGUCCAGCUCCUGUUCUGGAAAAAUAUGGAAUGUCGGCGGCUCUCCACGUCAGCAUGAACAACGGACUCAGCUUCAUCUCGAGCUCUGUCACAAUCACUGCCGUCACGUGUUCUAACGGGACGUUUGUGGCCAUCGCGCUGCUCAUCCUGCUCCUCCUGCUCACCUUUGCUCUGCUCUGGUGGUUCUGGCCUCUCUGCUGCACUGUGGUCAUUCAUGAACCUCCCCCUCCAGUAAUGGAGGAUAGCUCUGAUGAUGAGGACGGCUAUCCACGGAAAAGGUGGCCCACAGUGGAUGCAUCGUAUUACGGAGGCCGUGGAGUCGGAGGCAUCAAGAGAAUGGAGGUCCGUUGGGGAGAUAAAGGUUCCACAGAGGAAGGAGCAAAACUGGAAAAAGCUAAAAAUGCUCGAGUCGUGAUGCCCGCCCAGGAGUACGACCCACCGCCGCCGCGGCACCACUAUCACACCCACAAAUCCUUCCGCCCACAGAAGUGGUACUCCCCCAUCAAGGGAAAGCUGGACGCUCUGUGUGUUUUCCUGAGGAAAGGAUACGACAGGGUGUCAGUGAUGCGACCUCAACCUGGAGAGAAGGGCAGGUGCAUAAACUUUACCCGGAGUCAGUCCUACCCGGAGCCGCGGUACCCCGCCUACAACCAUCCCUCCACACCCGUCUACACUUUGCCACACACGUACCCCCGCCGUGCCUCAGAGGACAGCCAGUUGCUCCAUCUUCCGCCCUCGCCGCUGUCAACCUUGCCUCCUCUGCCCUCCACUCCUCCCCCGUCCUCCAGCAGCUCCUCCAUGGACACUCCUCCACCACCAAACAGAGCCCUUCCCUUAACCAACCCUGCUCCCCCAUCUCCAACCGGGUCACUGCCACCUCCACCUACACGGCCCCCUCCACGGCCCAACCACGACAACCACUUGUGAGGAAAAGCAAAGCAAAAGAAGGGCCUUCACAGAAGACAAAAAGAGUCACUUUAUUCAUGCGAUUUGCCUCAAACUCUGACUUUAAGUUCAGUUUUUUGUUCAGAUAAAAAACUUUCAUUUGAAUUGAAAGUUACAAAAAAGAGCAGACUACUUGCACAACAAAUCUUUAAAGAGACACUGUUUUCAGAUCAUUUUUGAAUGCAAACCUUGAUUUUUUAAAUGAAAUAUUAAGAAACUUUAUUACUUGAUACAUUAAAAAUCCUAUUCCUCAUUAGGCUGAGCUCCAGCUGAAUGUUCACCUGCACAAAAAGAAAUUGUCACAAGAAUUGCUUCAAACACAGUUGUUCACUAAAUUUUGUUUGUAAAAA